AUGCCAACUUCUACAGAAUUCUUUGGCUACCACUUCACUAACCUGGGUCCUCUAACAACAACCUACGAGCCUCCUGCAUCAUGCACAACCGUAACAACGGACCAUAUCUACUACGCCAAUGCAAGCGACCUCACUAGCCAAUAUGGCGCAGUUUCGUGCGGUCCUGACAAGAUGGGCGACUGCUAUCCAUCUGGCUCAGACCACGACAAGAUAAACAGCCAAAACUUGAAAACCGGAGGGCACCCUACAGUAGACUAUUUUUCUCCGGGUGUGAUUUGUCCCAAAGGUUGGACAACUGCUGGGAUCUUUGCACCAGACAACGAGGCGACAAAGGGCGGUGUUUUCACGAAGGAUCUUGGGACUCUGGGCGAUCGGCUUGGACCAGAAGAUGUAUGGGGUGGGAUCUUGGAACCCGGAGAGACGGUUGCACUUUGCUGCCCAAGUGGCUGGACUGGGGACGUCUGGGAUUGGGGCUGUAUAUCCUCCAUCCAACCCUUUGAAUCAGGCACAUAUUCGGAGUAUUGCCAACAAGCCAUGCCGAUAUCCGCAAUUGGCUCGGCUUACACUGUUGGAACAAGCGUAUUCUCUGAUCCUAUCUUCUCGGCCCGUACGUAUGAUGUUGACGAAACAACCAAGCCGUUCACGACUGGUGCUGGUGCCUGGCCUACAGAUCUCGGUGAGGUUGCUAUCAUCAGAAAGUUCCCCGGCGUCGCGAUGGUUCACAAGGAAGAGGAUGUGAAAGAAGCUAGAGAAACUAAUAGUAGAGAUGAGGAUGAUUCGGAGGAUGCUGACGACGACAAUGCAGCUUCAACGUUAAAUGGCGCUCGAUUUGCACCCGUUGUUGCGGUUUUUCGACAAGGGCUGGGAAUUUAG